CUCCCAGUGCCUCCCAGUUCCACUGCUGUGGGAAAGAGAAGCAACAGCCUGUGUGCGUCUCCCAAAUAGGAACAAACAGGCAGAGGAGGAUUGUGCCCCAAUACACACUCUCAGCGCUGGUCCUGGUGAGCAAAGUGAGCAUGGAUGUCUGCCAAAUAUAAACUCCAUGAGUUUUCACUGGUUGACACUGUGCAUUUACACUGGAGCACCACCAUAGGUCUAUACUGAUGUCCUCUAUGAAUGGAACACUCCUGUGCUAGCUGCUGACACAUGGAUCUGAUUGGCUGUUACUUCCAUGAACAGAGCAUCUGCUGUACAAAGAUGGCAGCUAGAUUAGGCAAGGUGCUACUUGUGACACUGCUACUGCCACUUGUGCAAAGUCACAGCCUGUUCACAUGUGAACCCAUCACCGUGCCCAGAUGCACAGGAAUGAAUUAUAACAUGACGUUCUUUCCAAACCUCCUGGAACACUAUGACCAAGAUAUUGCAGCGCUAAGGAUGGAACCAUUUCUUCCACUCCUGAAUCUUCAUUGUUCCCCAGAGGUGCACACGUUCCUGUGCCGGGCCUUCGUUCCUGAGUGCACGGAACCCAAACAUAUAACAAUGCCUUGUAGGAGCCUCUGUGAGCGAGUUUAUUCAGACUGUAAGAACCUCAUUGAAACCUUUGGGAUUACUUGGCCUGCAGAGCUGGAAUGUGACAGAAUGAGAGAUUGCAACAAUUCCCAGUCCAAAGGGGGCGGUGGACCUGACGAUCCACAUGAUGCUCUUCGACAUCCUGAACAAGUUCACAGAGACUUUAAGUUCUGGUGCCCACAACACCUGAAGACUUCCCAGGGAUCGGGUUUCAAGUUUUUGGGGGUAGACCGCUGUGCACCGCCAUGCCCUAACAUGUACUUCAAAAAAGUUGAUAUGGACUUUGCAAAAUAUUUCAUUGGCGUCAUUUCAAUAAUAUGUCUUUGUGUCACCCUCUUCACUGUUCUAACCUUCCUGAUUGACGUACAAAGGUUUAGAUACCCAGAAAGGCCAAUUAUUUUUUAUUCAGUGUGCUACAGCAUGGUGUCGCUGAUGUACGUCAUUGGGUUUUUAAUGGGUAAUUCCAUUGUCUGCAACGAACGAGAAGAAAAUUUUGCUUCGGGGGACACUGUUGUUCUUGGAUCCCAGCACAAAGCAUGCACCAUCAUCUUUAUGCUCCUUUACUUCUGUACCAUGGCAGGAACCAUAUGGUGGGUGAUGCUUACAAUCACUUGGUUUCUGGCUGCUGGACGGAAAUGGAGUUGCGAGGCGAUUGAGCAGAAGUCACUGUGGUUUCACGGUGUGGCAUGGGGCAUUCCAGGAAUCCUCACCAUCAUUCUUCUGGCCAUGAACAAAGUAGAAGGAGACAACAUUAGUGGUGUUUGUUUUGUUGGACUCUAUGACCAAGAGGUUUCUAUAUACUUUGUUCUCCUGCCUCUGUGCCUUUGUGUCUUCAUUGGACUUUCUCUUCUCCUAGCUGGGAUUAUUUCCUUAAAUAAUGUUCGGCAGGUCAUACAGCACGACGAGAGGAACCAACAGAAACUGAAGAAGUUCAUGAUCCGCAUUGGUGUGUUCAGUGGCACAUACCUAGUUCCACUGGUGAUUCUGCUGGGGUGCUAUGUCUACGAGCAAGUAUACAGAAGCUCUUGGGAAAUGACCUGGGUCUCUGACAAUUGCCAGGAUUACCAUAUCCCAUGUCCUUUCCAGCUAAAGAACCCAGCCAGGCCUGACCUUGGAUUGUUCAUAACCAAAUACAUCAUGACCUUAAUUGUUGGCAUCUCUGCUAUCUUCUGGGUGGGCAGUAAGAAAACUUGUUCUGAGUGGGUGAAUUUUUUUAACCGGAGUCGAAAACAAGACCCCAUCAGUGAGAGCCGUAGGGUUCUACAGGAAUCUUGUGAAUUUUUCCUCAAGCACAAUGCCAAAGUGAAACAUAAGAAGAAGAAGCACUCAAAGUCUGGCUCCCACAAGCUGAAAGUCAUAUCCAAGUCAAUGGGAACAAGCACAAGUGGAAAAAUUAACCAUGGCAUGACUGCUGUGACAAAUACAAGCCAUGAUUUCUUAGGUCAAGAAGCAUCUGGUGAUGUUAGAAGCACGUUGGACUUUUCUCGUACUGAAGACCCAGAGGGUGCAAGUUGCAUCCACAAAUCGAGAGAUGACAUCACUGGGGAGGUCACCACCCAGACCCUGUUAGAUGGCACUGAGGCACCUGUAGAACAUACAGACUGUAAUAAUAAACCAGGAAGUAAAAGAGGAAAUGGCUUGCCAGGAAGCAUUCACACCAUUCUUCAUGAAAGUUUACACGAGGUGGCUGAGAACCGUGUGAAUGUGGAAAGUGCAUCUCUGGAUCCAGACCAAACAGAGGAUCUUUCCAAAGUGCCCGGCCAUACUUCCCCCCACGACAAUGACACUAAUAUGAACACAACGAGUGCAUGAGAAUCAGAUCAUCCAGGACUUUUUGGUCUUCUGAUUCCAGUGUUACUAGCAGAUAUUGGAAUCCUGUUUUAGAGCGGAAAAUAAACUGUUCUACUACACUAGACAUUUGCACUUACCAAAAACUUUCUAGCUUCCAUAGCAGAAUUUUUUUUCUACUUUUUAUUGUUUUGUAGAAGAUUUACAGAACUUUGGAUUUCUUUAAAGGGAAAAAGCGAACUUUCCUGUAUUUAUAGAUUAUUUGGGUUAUUUUCCAUUUAUUUUCCCUCAGACAGUAAUGCACAGGACAUACCCAGCUUGCUUGCCAAUAUGAGUGCCAGCUGCCAUAUUAUUUGCCUCUGGUGAGGCAUUGACAACAAAAGCAAACACACCAUAUGCAUGACUGAAAUGUGCAUACAACAUGGCAGCUCUAAUUCCAAUGGGUCAUUGUGGUUUUGCAGAGAAAUAAUGAUCUGUAAACAUGGUCUGCACUCAUGCUUUACACAAUAUGUAAUAAGUAAAGUAAAUGGAAGAUGUCUUUAGAAACAAAGUCUAUUUUCCAUUUGGCUGGCACACUGCAUGUGUGGGAUUUCAGUCACUUCAGUUAUACACAGGCCAGUCGCCUGCUAUUGGAUGAUACCGGCCCACAAAUGUGCGGCCAUAGGCAAAAUAUUUAUUGCCUGUUAUUUUAAGAAGCAGUAACAGAUGAUAAAGGGUGCAUUGAGCGCAGCAGCAGUUUUGGGUGAUAAUCACCUGACCCACAGUUGCUCCGGCAGGCUAGAUCUCCAUCAUAGUCUAUAGAAGUGUAUUUGCAAAUGUUGUGCCACCCACCUGGAAGCUAGAAAUCACAUGGGCCACAAAACACGGUGUGUCAUUGCAACGUGUGUCACGGUGUGUCAUUGUCAUUGCAGGACAGCUGAGAUCAAAAUGGCGCACAUCUACUUCCAGAGUUCAUAUCCUGUAAAUAACUGGAUCUUUUCUCUUUCUUCUCUUCCCAGUGUCUGACUAGGUCAGACACUGUGCUUUAUUUAAAAUGACUACUGAUGUUAAUGUUUUUAUAUUCAUAUAUUUAAUUCUGAAGGUUGCAAAGUUAUAAAUAAAGUUUUUUACUGAAA